AUGAGGCAAGCGCCAAGGUUCAUCACUCAGCCUUCAUCCUCAGGGAGCAUAGUGAAUAUUGGACAGACCAAAAUUCUUCAAUGUCAAGCUAUUGGUUAUCCACAGCCAGAGUACCUGUGGUUGAAAGACAGGAAGAAGUUGGGUGAAUUCACGUCUGAGCAUUUUUAUCGCAUUCAGUCAGUGCAGAAGGAAGAUUCUGGAUCAUAUCAAUGUAUUGCAAGGAACAGCGUUGGCUCCAUCUUCAGCGAAAAGGUCCAAGUCUCUGUUGCAUAUAUGGAAGAUUUAGGUGCCCCAGCAAAUCAGACAGUGACAGUAUCAUCUGGGGAAGCUGCUGUGUUCCAGUUGCCACAGCUGAGCAGUUACCCAGUACCAUCAUUCACCUGGCAGGCUAAUGAUAAUACCUUUCUCUACGGUCUCAAGUAUGCUCUCACAUCAUCCCCACGACAUCAGCUCAUCAUUCUGGCCACAGAGGCUUCUGACCAGAAAGCAUAUCGUGCUCGGGUGACGAACACACAGCUGGGUGAAGAUUCUUAUUCUGGAUAUUUUGAUCUCCAAGUCCGUCAGACUGGAGUUGAUUCCAUUCCACCACAAAUCAUUGUCCCACCUUCAGAAAUGCAAGUUGUUAAGGGCACUUCAAAUGUGCGGCUGGAAUGUAUUGCCAAUGCCAAUGAAUGCUUCCCCUUGACCAGGCCAUUGUACCAGUUGGAGACACUCUGGUUUAAGGAUGGCAAUCGCAUGGAAGAAACAGGUCUGCCAUAUUCAUUUGACCUUUGGAAUCGCACACUGAAUCUCAUCUCUAUAGACCAGAGACAUUCUGGGAUCUACAAGUGUGAGGUGAAGUUACGCUCCGACAAUUCAGCCACUGUGUCGGCAGCUGCAUCCAUCAUUAGACCUGUGCUGACGAAACAGAUGAGCCUAGAAACACUGACAGAGUUUGGGAGAAUGGAGACGCUUCCCUGUGAGGCCAUUGGGACUCCAGCCCCAAAUAUCUCAUGGUUCAAAGAUACUAUUCUUGUCCUUAAUGGAUCCAAUCCAAGGUACUCAUUUGGGGAGGAUGGUUCUGUAACUAUUGAGAACAUUGAGAUGGCAGAUACAGGAAUGUGGCAGUGUAUGGCUUCAAAUGCUGCUGGAGAGGCAUCUGCUGCCACUUGGCUUCGUGUUCGAACGUUGCGUCGUUUUGGGAAAGAGAACGGGAUCCUAACCCUUCGACUCAUCCCUGGGAACGUGGAAGAUCCUCUGUCUGCAACAGCUCCAGUUUGGGUGAAGAAACCAGUUGAUAUGACAGCAUUAGAUGGAAAGGAUGCCACUAUCCAGUGUCAAGCCAGUGGUUCUCCCACCCCAAAUGCCACCUGGAUCAAGCCAGAUGGAAAAGUGGUGGAUGGUGUUGGUCGGCUCCAGGUCCUUGAUUCAGGAGAUCUCCUUGUUGCUGCUGUGAGAACCAGUGAUGAAGGGAUCUACCAGUGCACCAGAGCCAACGAAGCUGGAAUGCUUCAAGCAACUGCUCAUCUUGGUGUCCUUGGUAUGUUCUCUUCUUCUUCCUCCAAAGAGGCUUAUGGAUGGAGAACUUACUCAUUGGCUUAUUGCUUAAUAGUGAGGACCCAGAUCAUUCAGCCACCGGUUGACACCCGUGUCAUCUUGGGUCAUGUGGCGACUCUCUUAUGCAAGGUCUCCAGUGAUCCUAAAGUUCCAUUCAAGAUUACAUGGUUUCAUGAUGGCGAGUACAUGGACCCACUGGCUUCCCAACGAAUAUCCAUGAAGCAGGAUGGAACCCUGGAGAUCCAGGAGGCUCGGGCAUCAGAUGUUGGGGAGUAUGCAUGCAGAGUUACAUCUGGUGGAGGGAAUGAGAGUCGAUCAGCCCAUCUGGCUGUAGUCGAACUUCCAUAUGCACCAUCCAAUGUUAAGGCAAACCUUCUCCUUUCAUCACCACAUGUUGCCAAUGUGUCAUGGAGUCCUGGAUUUGAUGGCAACAGUGAAAUUCUCAAAUAUAUCAUCCAAAUGAGAAUUGUGCCCAGUUCAGGACUCCUUCCAGCCCCAGACUUGAGCUGGAUGACAGCAUUGGUAAAUGUGAGCCAUGAUGAUCGUUGGGCCUUGAUAUCAGGACUGCAAGCAGCAGCCUCUUAUGAGUUUCGUGUCAGUGCACUGAACAGUGUAGGUGAGGGUAUUCCAUCAACUCAAUCCAACAUGAUCACUCUUCCUCCUGAGCCACCUUCUGGUCCUCCACAGGGAUUGGUGGGAUCAGCUCGUUCUCCCACAGCCAUCAUGAUACAGUGGCAGCCUCCCCGAUCCGAAGAGCAAAAUGGCCGUAUCCACGGCUACAUAAUUCGAUAUCGACUCUUUGGCUAUGGCCACUCCCCUUGGUCAUAUCGGAACAUCUCCAACGAUGCUCAGCGGAACUAUCUUAUCCAAGAACUCAUCACAUUCAAGGACUAUGAGAUUGGAAUCGCUGCUUUCAAUAAGAAGGGAGUUGGGGUAUUCAGUGAGAGCAUUCGUGUCAAGACACGUGAAGGAGUGCCUGAGGCAAUGCCAACAGAAGUGCGUGUUGAGGCAAUUAACUCUACAGCUGUGCGCAUUUGGUGGAAACCACCUGACCCCCAGAAAAUCAAUGGAGUCAAUCAAGGUUACAAGCUCUCUGCAUGGAAAGUGAACCCAUCCUUGGAUGCAUCGGUGGAACCUGCCCUGGUUAAAACUGUCAAUCCAAGUCCCUUUGAUCCUUUGGCGGAGCAGGAGGCCAUUGUUGGUGACCUUGAGAAGUACAUGGAGUAUUACAUCACCGUUUUGUGCUUCACUAAUCCUGGUGAUGGUCCCAAUUCUAUUCCUGUUUACACCAGAACCAAGGAAGAUGUUCCGGAGCCAGUGAAGGAGAUGAAAUUUGAGAACAUCACAGAUAGGGAGGUGACAGUAUUGUGGACUGCCCCUGAGCAUGCGAAUGGGGUUCUCCUUGGCUAUACACUUAUUUACAUGGUGAAAGACCUGCCCCACACAGCUGACAUCAGAAAUUUGACUGCAGGAACUCUCAGGCUUCGAAUCACAGAUUUACAGGCUAUGACCCACUAUCGCUUUGAGAUCUAUGCCUGGACUUCAAUGGGUCGUGGUUCUUCAAAAGUGGCAGUGAUACAGUCUGGGGUGGAGCCAGUACUUCCUGACCCACCAACUAAGUUGGCUGUGUCCAACAUUGAGGCCUUCUCAGUUGUACUUCAGUUUACUCCUGGGUUUGAUGGAAACUCCUCAAUCAUCAAAUGGGUUAUGCAGGCUCAGCCAGGUUUGAGUACUGAUUGGGAGGUGGUGGACGAGGUGAGUGCACCUGAUGCAGCCACCCUGACGGUCUCCAACCUCAUCCCGUUCACGAAGUAUCGUGUCCGACUCCUAGCAACUAACAUAGUUGGCAUGUCAUCACCAUCUGAGCCAACAAAGCCUUUUCAGACGAUCCAGGCUCCUCCCGCCCAUGCACCCAAUAAUGUCACCAUUCGUGCUGUAUCAGCCACAGAACUCCGAGUUCGAUGGAUUGUGAGUCUUACACACACUCUGUAUCAUCCCCCAGAUGUUUUUUGUGUCUUUCUGUUGCCCCUUCAACAAAUCGAGUGGUAUGGUACACCACGAGGGUACAACAUCACCUAUAAGCAGGCUUCUCAGGAUUCACGAGUUGACACGAUCAGCAUAGAGGACCAUAAUACCAAUUCCUACAUCCUAGAUGGGCUGGAGGAAUUCACUUCUUAUGAAAUUGUAGUCAGUGCAUACAAUGAUGUUGGGGCAUCUCCACCCAGCCCUGUUGCUGUUUCCAGGACCCGAGAAGCAGCCCCAAGUGAGGGACCAGUUGCUCUGUCUGCUAACGCAACAUCAUCUACCACUGUUGUUGUGAGCUGGGGUACAGUUAAGGCAAGACAUCAGAAUGGCAUCAUUGAAGGCUACAAAGUCUACUAUGGAGCAAAAGAUGUCCCCUCUCAGGUAGCCUUAAGGAUUCAGUACCUCAUUCAUCACUCUAAAACAAAAUAUUUCAAAUUUGUGGAGUACAAGAAGAUCCCAAACAACAGUACAUCUACCACAACCCUUACAGAGUUGAGGAAGUACACUGAGUAUCACAUCCAAGUGCUUGCGUACACCCGAGUUGGAGAUGGAGUUCUUUCAACGCCCCCAGUCUUGAUUCGCACCCAUGAAGAUGUUCCUGGAGCUCCAUCAAAUGUGUCCUUCCCUGAUGUGUCAUUGACAAUGGCACGAAUCAUCUGGGAUUCUCCACUUGAACCCAAUGGUCAGAUCCUGGCAUAUCGGGUCACUUACUACAGGGAGAAAUACAUGGAUACCAACAUCACUCAGGAGUUCUCACCAACUGCUCGCACCUAUAGAGCAACAGGGUUGUCUCCUGAGACCUACUACAUGUUCCUGGUGACAGCAAAGACAAAUCUUGGCUGGGGGAAGACAGCACAGGUUCUUGUGUACACAACAAACAACCGCGAAGCACCACAGGCUCCUUCUCAGCCUCGCAUCUCGCAGUCCGAGAUCUUCAGCGAUCGCAUCACAUUCACUUGGACACCUGGCCGGGAUGGGUUUGCUCCUCUCAGGUUAGCCUGCACUUACAUGGAGCUAAAAUACUACACAGUGCAAUAUGCAGAAGGAAAGAGUGGUGGAUGGCAGACAAUCCCCCACAGGAUUGACCCCAUGCUCACCACAUACACGGUAGACAGUCUGAAGCCUCACAAGGAUUACCAGUUUCGCAUCCAAGCAACCAAUGACAUUGGGCCCAGUGGCUGGAGUCCCUCAUCGGAACUCACACGCACCCUCCCAGCUGCCCCGAGCAAGACAGUAGGGGAUAUUAAGGUGAUUCCGAUUACACGGACAUCAGUGAAGGUGAAAUGGAGUCCAUUGAGUGAUGAGGCUUUCAAUGGGGACACAGGGACUGGGGGGUAUCGCAUUCACUAUCGACAGGUUACUGAUUUCCCUUCAACACAUAGUCUCCAACAGGAGGAAAUAUAUGACAUCCAUUCUUCGGAGGUGACCCUGCACGAGCUUCUAAGAGACCGCAACUAUGAGAUCCAGCUCCUGCCGUUCAACUCUCAAGGGGAAGGUCCAGCCAGCAAGCCUGUGGUGGUCUAUGUAGGUGAGGCUGUUCCAACUGGGGAGCCAAGGACAGUGAAGACCAAGGCCAUCAACGCCAACCAGGUUGCCCUCUCCUGGCUCCCUCCCAGGGAAAACCAGCAAAAUGGAGAUCUUCUUGGCUACAAGAUCUUCUACCUGUCAGAAGAUACAACAGCCGACCAAGAAGAGAUGGAGGUGGUACCUGCUUCAACAACCACUCACACACUUUUAUUCUUGGAGACAUACACAACGUAUGUCAUCCAGAUUGUGGCCUUCAAUCCUGCUGGAGAUGGGCCUCGAUCUUAUCCAGUCACUGUCAAAACCCUACAGGGAUACCCGGGGGCACCAGGGGAGAUGUUGUUCACAGACAUCACAAUGACGAGUGUGCGUGUGACCUGGAGUCCUCCUGAGGAGCCCAAUGGAGAGAUCCAGUAUUACCUGGUUACAUACAGGACAGCUGAGCCAGAUGACAACUUCAGCAAGGAGGUGAAGCAGCGGGUGUCUGACACGCACCUCCUCGUCACUGACCUGGAUGAGGAGAUCACAUACACGUUCUCUGUUCGUGCCUACACCAUUGGCUUUGGACCACCGACAGAGGCUAAUAUCACGACUGGACCCCAGUUGGGAAGUCCAGGGCCCCUGGAGGACCUGCAGGUUCGAGAGACCCUCUCUGCCUUCAGCCUGCAUUGGAGCAAUGGCAGGUCUGGUCGAGGACCUAUCCUUGGCUAUCUCAUCCAGAGCAUGAAGAAAGAUGAGAGGAAAUGGGAGACAGUGACUAGGUCAAGUCAGGGACCAGCUGACUCAUUUGCCAUCCCAUAUGGGAACCUGCAACCAUCAACUCUCUAUUUCUUCCGGGUGAUGGCUUACAAUGCCUAUGGCAUCAGCUCUCCUGUGCAGACAGAGAAAGCCGUUGCCACACCAGCCAAAGCAUAUGGUUACACGGCCCAGCCCCCGUUCUAUCGUCAGCCGCUCUUCCUUGUCAUUUUGGCAGCAGCUGGGAUUGUAGUAAUCAUUGCUGUGGUGGCAGUGCUUUGUGUCAAGAGCAAAAGCUACAAGUAUAAAGAAGAAUCAACCAAGUCACAAGAGGAGACACUGAGCAUGGAUGAAGCUGAGACUGGCUUCAUCCCUGUUCACCUGCGCAAUUCAAGACGAAGUCUGUCCAAGAGAGCCUCGAUUGCAUCAGAGAGCGAUGUGGACAGUGAACGAUCGAACCCACACUCCUUUGUGAACCAUUAUGCAAAUGUGAACGGGACGUUGCGGCAAUCGUGGAAGAGGACGGCUCGGCCAGCUCCGACACCGAUUCCGACCCAUCUCCAGUCCAACAUCCCUGCACCUGUGCCCCCCUCCCUCAGUCACCUCCCACUUCACCCUCCUCGAAAUUACUCGAGUUACACAGACUCUGAGGCCGAAGGGAGUGCCAUAGUUAGUCUCAAUGGAGGCCAAAUCAUUAUGAACAACAUGGCUGGGUCUCGAGCACCCUUGCCUGGGUUCUCCUCCUUUCUCCUGCAGAGAACCAAGUUUCACUCUGAUAAAAAGAGGCAAAUGGGAGGUGAAAUUUCAAAACCUGAAGGAGAACCACAAAUAAUCCUCUUCAAUGCCAAGUCAAAAAACCUGCAUCUGCUGAGGGAGGAAGUUUGGAACGUCUGGUCCAAAGGAAUCUGGCCCGGUGCAUCAUCAGACUUUCCACCGAUGGAGCACACAUGGGCCAUACUACAAGAUUCUGUCCUCAAAGCUCCUCACCCCCAAAACAGGGAAGAUUUGAGUGAUCUUGUCUCCAAGGAGAAACCCAGAACUUGUGCCAAGCCGACCAUUCAGGGAGCGGAGAUAGACCUGCUUUUCUUUAGCAGACCCCCAACAGAGGCCCAUGUAGGCAUCAUCCAUGAGAUGGUCGAUCAAAGUUGCCCUUUCAGGACUUUCCUUCUGUGGACUCAAAUUGGGGAUGAUGUGAGCCAGGUAGGAUACGAUAGUAGGCUCAGACUCCACUGGGAACUGUUGUAUCGGGCUCACAAGCAUUCUUGUUCCACUUCCUGUGAAGUCAAGAGCAGCAAACUGUACAACAGUCUAUUGGUACAGAGUAUGGAGAAGCUUCGCAAGUCCUUGGAAGCACUGGAAAAGAGAGACUCAAAUGAUCUGCCAGAGUUAUAUCCGGAGCUUGUUGCAAAGACAGUUGGCCUAAAGAAAACUCAAGAAGCUUGGGCCAAAUAUCAUAAGUUAUACCAACGACACCUUGAUGCCUGUGAUGAGGAGGCAAAGGAUGAAGAAGAGAAGGCAGUGGUCGAUGCAAAGCAUGUCGAGGCAGAGAGAGAGAAGGACGACACCAAGAAGAAUCUGGAACUCCUAAGGCAACAGUUGGAGGACUUGGAGUUGAAAGAAGAAAAGGAGAGAAAAGCCAAGACUGAAUUGAAAGAAUGGCUGAAGCAGUGUAAGAGUGAGGACUCUUCUGUGAAGGCAAGGAAAGAAAAAAUAUCUUCUGGAGCUAAGGAAGCAGCAGAAACGCGAGAAGGAAGUGAAAUUGCUCAUGUUGAGUUGCAUAGAAUUGGCUGGAAGACUAAAAGCUACUUCUCCAAUCAGUUGAGACACGAUGAGAAACAGAGGCCCAAGAAGGCUGUUCCAUUCCAUUUGGACAGCCAUGACAAUUCCAAAGACUACAUCCAGAACUACCUAUGGCAACAAGCAGAAUCUGCCCAUAAUAGUGUUACAGACAGCAAGGAUGCAGGUCGACUAGUGGCAGCCCCAGUCCCUACUGCCGACUCGAUCGUUACUGGCUCCGUCUCCAAAAUGGGCAUGCCCAGCAGGAGUUAUAGGGAGGAGGUCAACCAGCUACUCUGCUUGGUUUACGCAGAGCUGGUGAGAAAUCUGGGUAGGGCUGUAGAUCCUUACGCAUGA